GGGAGCGGUGUGCACGGCGCGCCGGAAGUGCGGCGGGAAGAGGAGGAUGCGGCCUGGGGCCCGGCUCCGCUGCGGCCUCGGCCUCGGGCUGGAGUUCCCGCUGCUCCUGCUCCUGUUGGUCUGGGCCCCGCCCGCCCGCUGCUCGCAGGGUGACCGUGAACCCUCCUACCGCCACUGUGUGCAUCAAUGCGAGCGGCGCAACUGCACCGGGGCCGCGCUGCGGAACUUUCGCUCGGCGCAGCCUCUACACAUGCGGCUGACAGGCUGGAGCUGUGCGGAUGAUUGCCAAUAUGACUGUAUGUGGGCCACUGUGGGUGUGUAUCUCACAGAGGGACACAAGGUGCCUCAGUUUCAUGGCAAGUGGCCCUUCUACCGGUUCCUUUGCUUCCAGGAGCCGGCCUCAGCCAUUGCCUCCAUGCUGAACGGACUGGCCAACCUGCUGAUGCUGGCCCGGUACCGGGCAGCAGUGCCCACCGAGUGCCCCAUGUACCACACCUGUGUGUCCUUCGCCUUCGUCACCCUCAACGCCUGGGUCUGGUCCACUGUGUUCCACACUCGGGACACUGCACUGACAGAGAAAAUGGAUUACUUCUGUGCCUCGGCCGCUGUGCUUUACUCCAUCUACCUGUGCUGUGUGCGAACCGUGGGCCUGCACCGCCCCUGGGUGGCCAGUCUCUUUGGAACGCUGCUGAUUGUGCUGUUCACCGGCCACGUCUGGUACCUCACCUACAUCCGCUUUGACUACGGAUACAACAUGACCGCCAAUGUGUUAAUAGGCCUGUUCAACGUGUUGUGGUGGCUGGGCUGGUGUUUGAGGAACCGCCGACGCCUGCCCUACGUGUGGAAGUGCGCAGCGGUGGUGGUGAUGCUGCACGGACUGGCGCUGCUCGAGCUGCUCGACUUCCCGCCGCUGCUGUGGGUGCUGGAUGCCCACGCUGCCUGGCACUUCAGUACCAUCCCUGUACCCUUCCUGUUCUACAGCUUCCUGGUGGAUGACAGCCUGCAGCUUCUGGCUGUGAGGGGAGGUUACCGAAAGGAGGAGUAACGCGGAAACUGGCCUGAGGACCGAGGGUGACACCUUCCGGAUUCGCCACUCUCACGCGGGGCCUUUGUGUAUGUGUGUGUGUGUCCGUGUAUACCGAGCUGUACAUGCGUGUGUGUGUCCGUGUAUACUGGGCUGUACAUGCGUGUGUGUGUCCGUGUAUACUGGGCUGUACAUGUGUGUGUGUCCGUGUAUACCGGGCUGUAGAUGUGUGUGUGUCCGUGUAUACCGGGCUGUACAUGUGUGUGUGUGUGUCCGUGUAUACCGGGCUGUACAUGCGUGUAUGUGUCCGUGUAUACUGGGCUGUACAUGCGUGUGUGUGUCCGUGUAUACUGGGCUGUACAUGCGUGUGUGUGUCCGUGUAUACUGGGCUGUACAUGUGCGUGUGUGUGUCCGUGUAUACCGGGCUGUACAUGCGUGUGUGUGUCCGUGUAUACCGGGCUGUACAUGUGUGUGUGUGUCCGUGUAUACCGGGCUGUACAUGCGUGUGUGUGUGUCCGUGUAUAUCGGGCCCUGUGCCUCGUGCCACUGCUGAUGCUGCUGCCGGUGGGAACCCGUCUACAGCGUGACAUCCUGUCUGAUGCUUCACGUCUGGGUCCCCCCCCGGCCCCCCGGCCCCCGCACAAUUCCCCCUCUCCACUCUUGGGUCACCCGCAGUCUGCACGGCACCACCCACUGCAUUACUGCGGCCCCACCCUCGCAGCUAAUCCGCAGCAGCCCCGCCCCCCCCCUCCCCUCCCACCUGUGUCCCCAUCCCUCCCCCCCACCCCCUCCCCAGCCACACUCCUCAGUAUCAGAGACCCAGGGCCAGGCACCAGCACAUUCUCCAGCCACUAAACUGAAUGUCAGGAAUAUUUUGAAGGACCAAUAAACGAGUACAUUUCUGUGA